GCGGGUCACUGUCGGGGUGGAGCAGCAGGCCGGGUCCCCAUGCACAGCCCCAGUGGACAGCCCCGGAGGACAGCCCCAGAGGACAGCCCCCGCGCACAGUCCCAGAUGACAGCCCCCAUAGACAGCCCCAGAGGACAGCCUCCGUGGACAGCCCCUAUGCACAGCCCCAGAGGACAGCCCUCAUGCACAGCCCCAGAGGACAGCCCCGGAAGACAGCCCUCAUGCACGGCCCCAGUGGACAGGCCCCGUGCACAGCCCCAGAGGACAACCCUCAUGCACAGCCCCAGAGGACAGCCCUUGUGCACAGCCCCAGCAGGAGGCAUAUACAGAAUACCUGAGGAGCAUCCAUUAUAUCUCCCAGGUGCUGCUGGAAGAAGUGGAAACCACCAAAGAAGGUGGAGAAAUUGUGGCUCCGGACACCUCAAAGAUGCUGAAACUGGCUGAGCAGUGUCUGGAGAGGGCCCAGUCCACAGCUGCCAAGCUUGGGAAAACACACCUGAAGCCAGCUAUGCCUGUGGCUGCUCCUGUCCCCCCAUCUACCAGCCGACAUCGCCGGGUGUACUCAGACGAAGGGGGGAAACUAUCUCCGUUUCUGCCGCCUGAGAUCUUCCAGAAGCUUCAGGUGGUAGAGUCACAAAGUUCUAAGAAGGAGCUGACACCUCUGGAGGAGGCUUCUCUGCAGAAUCAGAAGUUGAAGGCGGCCUAUGAGGCACGGAUGGCCCGCCUGGACCCCAGCCAGGCCAUGCAGAAGACAUCCCUGACUCUGUCCCUGCAGCGGCAGAUGAUGGAGAACCUCGUGAUCGCCAAAGCUCGGGAGGAGACACUGCAGAGAAAGAUGGAGGAGCGCCGGCUACGGCUCCAGGAGGCAGCCAACAGCCUCGUCUCUCUCCCCAGGAGGUUCUGCAGUCAAGUUGCCCUGACCCCAGAGGAGCGGGAGCAGCGGGCCCUCUAUGCUGCUAUCCUCGAGUACGAGCAAGACCAUGACUGGCCCAAGCACUGGAGGGCCCAGCUCAAGAAGAGCCCAGGGGACCUGUCGCUAGUGACCAGCCUGGUCUCCCACCUACUCAGCAUUCCCGACCACCCCAUCUCACAGCUCUUGAAGAAGCUCCAGUGUGCGGUGUAUCGGGCGCUGUACCCCAUCGUGAGCAGGGGCGCUGUUGGUGCCGCCUCUGCCCCUGGCUGCUGCUCCUUGCCCCCGGACGCCGACGGGCUGCUGGCUCCUGGAAGCCGGCGGCUCCGGCCCUCACAGAGCCUCUACUGCAUGCUAUCCCCUGCAGAUCCCAGCCCAGCCCCGCGGCCCCCAGAUGGCACCCAUGCCAGUCCCCCUACACCCCCUCCCCACACUGGCCCCCCCGAAAGAGGGCUGGACAGCAGCCCUGUGGGGCCUCCCUCACCCCUGGCGCACAGCUUCACGGCUGUACAGGGCAAAGACAGCUCCUUUGAAGACCUCGAACACUUCUUGGCUACUUCUGAGGGGUGGGGCCGGGGGCAUGGGAGGCCACCUGAGCCCCAAACAACAGGGGUGAAGAAGGAGCCGCUGCUGGAGCAGCUGAAGAGUGCUGUGAAGGACAUACACAACGCUAUCGACAGGCUGCUCUCGCUGACCCUCCUGGCUUUCGAAGGCCUGAGUGCGGCUGCCUCCAAGGACCGGUGCCUAGCCUGCAUCGAGGAACCCUUCUUCUCUCCUCUGUGGCCCUUGCUGCUGGCACUCUACAGGAGUGUGCACCGCCUCCGGGAGGCUGCCCUGAGCAGGAGCAUGGAACUCUACAGGAAUGCACCCCCAGCAGCCAUAGGCAUACCCUCGAAGCUUCUCCCCCGGGACCUGGAGGCCACAGGAGCUGGUGCCUACCCCUACUGUGCUGCAGCCCAAGAGCUAGGCUUGCUGGUUCUGGAGAGCUGCCCCCAGAAGAAGCUGGAGUGCAUUGUGCGGGUCCUGCGGGUCAUCUGCGCCUGUGCCGAGGACUACUACCGGGCCCAGGAGGCUGCACCUGAGGCCAGACCCCAGCUUGGUGCUGCAGCCAUUGGUGCCGAUGAUCUCCUGCCCAUCUUGUCCUUCGUGGUGCUGAGAAGUGGUCUCCCCCAGUUGGUGUCAGAGUGUGCAGCCUUGGAGGAGUUCAUCCAUGAGGGAUACCUGAUCGGAGAGGAGGGCUACUGCCUGACGUCACUACAGAGUGCCCUGAGCUACGUGGAGCUGCUGCCCCGGGGGGCUCUGGGCAAGUAGUGGAGGACCAUCCAGGAGGCACCUGCUCUGGCAGGGUUGGGGCUCUGCAGCUCUGCACCUGCCCUGACAUCCGCCCCCAGGGACUCGAGGAGGCACCUCAUUUGCUCAGAGAGUAGAGCUGAGCUGAAGCAGCUCCUAGGAACGAGGCCUGUCUCUUUCUUGUCUCAGCCUGAGCCUUUCUUGUCUCAGCAGGAACACCAGAGCUGUGGGCUCCCUGGGGCCUGUGCACAUGUCCUCACAGUCCCAUCAACCCCACAGUAGGGAGGGGGCCAUGGGCCUGGCAGAGGGCAGGUCUGGUUUCUCUCCCUUUCCAUCUCUGGUGAUAGUUGGCUUCUGGUGUCAUCCCUUUUCUUGGUGGAGUCAAGAUGAGAGCCUCUCCCCAUCCCCUGCCCCCACCCCAAGGCCUGGGGCCCAGGUGGCUUGAAACUAUACUGUUUUUUUUUUUUUUUUUUUUUUUUUCUGUACUGUUUACUUACUGGGUAUUGACCACUCCAUUCUCCUCUGGAGCCCAGGCAUCCCCAGGGUACCCACUCACGUCUGGAGCCUCUGAGCCAUUCCCACCUCGGCAGUAGGCAUUGGCCUUCCUGGACCCCUGGCUGAUUCCCACCCCCGCAUGUCCCCUUCUGGGUCAGUGUGAGCCUAAGGAUCAGUGCCUGCCUACAGCCCAGUGUCCACUCUGACUGUUACGUGCCCCGGGCAGCCAUUGACACAGCCAAAAAUAAAGAGGUCACUGAUGUCUCAUUCUG